AUGGCCGACGAGGAACACCAGCAGCACACCAGCCACCACCACGGCCACCAUUUCCUGGUGGUGGCCUACGGUAUCCAGAGCCACGUCAACCCAGCGCGCGCCCUGGCACACCGCCUCGCUCAGCUCAGCGACGUCGUCGACGGCUCCAUCCUCGCCACGCUCUCCGUGCAUGUCGCCGCCCACCGCCGCAUGUUCCCCUCGUCACUAGACGCGGACCAAUGCGCCGGCGAGGAGGAGGCCUGCAGCGACGGCGUCAUCUCCUACGUCCCCCACUCGGAUGGCUUCGACGACGGCUCCUUGCCCAGAACCCCCGAGGACUGGGCCCGCAGGCGGCGCGUGAGCACCGAUAGCCUCUCCGCCAUGCUCGCGCGCUUCGCCGCCGGCGGGAGGCCCGUCACGUGCGUUGUGUGCACGUUGCUGGUGCCCGCGGCGGUCGAGGUCGCGACGCGCCACGGCAUCCCCUUCGCCGUGUACUGGAUCCAGCCGGCCACCGUCCUCGCCGCCGAGUACCACUACUUCCACGGCUACGGCGAGGUCGUCGCCGCCCACGUCACCGAUCCCGCGUACGAGGUGAGCCUGCCCGGGCUACGCCGCCGUCCUCUCCGGAUACGGGACUUCCCGUCCUACCUCGUCGACACGACGGGCAGCCCGCUGGCCAAGUCCGUCGUCGAGAUGUUCCGGGAACUGUUCCAGAGCAUGGACCAGUGGCGGCCCAAGGUUCUCGUGAACACGUUCGACGAGCUGGAGGUGACCGUGCUGUCGGAGAUGAAGCGGCAUCUCGACGUGUUCGCCGUCGGUCCCAUGGUCGCCGCCGGUGGCUCAUCAAACGAAGAACGGACGAUCCAUCUGUACAAGCACGACGACGCCGACAAGAAGAGGUACAUGGACUGGCUCGGAGCUCAGCCGGAGAAGUCGGUGGUGUACGUCUCGUUCGGGAGCAUAGCGAGCUACACCAAGCAGCAGAUGGAGGAGAUGGUCGAAGGGCUGCUGCAGUGUGGACGGCCAUACUUGCUGGCCGUGCGCAGAGACGGGCUCGAGGAGGGUGCACGUCGCGUCCUGGAGAACACCACCCAGAGCAGCGGCGGCCAUGGGAUGGUCGUGGACUGGUGCAACCAGCCGGAGGUCCUGUCGCACCCGGCGGUCGGCUGCUUCGUCUCGCACUGCGGGUGGAACUCGACGAUGGAGGCCAUGGCCGCCGCCGUGCCACUCGUCGGCGUGCCCAGCAUGUUCGACCAGCCGACGAAUGCGCACUUGGUGGAGGAGGAGUGGGAGAUCGGCAUCAGAGGAGAGCGUAACAGUGAGGGCGUGUUAGCUGGGAUGGAGCUGGCAAGGUGCGUUGAGUUGGUCAUGGGUCAGGGUACGAAAGCAAUGGCGAUGAGGGAGAGAGUAAAGGCUUUGAAAGAGAGAGCUCAGCAGGCGGCAGAUGCAGGUGGGCCGGCUGAGAGAAACCUUCGGGAUUUUGUUAGCUCUGUCCAGCAGGUUUGUGGUUGUGUUAGGGUGAGUGAUAACUUUCGUCCUGUCGAAAUCGCUGAAGUCAUUUGUGGAAAAAACUGA